AUGGCCCACGCGAGCGCGUUUGAGACGCCAUCGAGAGCAGCGAGGGCGAUGUCGGCUGCCAAGAUCUACUGCGGUAACCUCUCGUGGGGCACCAACAACGACACGCUCCGUGAUGCGUUCCAGCAGUUCGGCCAGAUCGUCGACUGCAUCGUCAUGACUGAGCCGGGCACGGGUCGCUCGCGCGGCUUCGGCUUCGUCACCUUCGCCGACCAGUCGUCGGCCGACGCCGCCAUCCAGGCCAUGAACGACCAGGAGCUCGUGCACGGUCGUCGCCUCCGCGUCAACAUCGCCAACCAGCGCACCGGUGGCGGUGGUGGUGGCGGGUACGGCGGUGGGUACGGCGGCGGCUCGGGCUACGGCGGCCAGGGCGGCUACGGCGGCGGCGGAUACGGCGGCCAGGGCGGCUACGGCGGCCAGGGCGGCUACGGCGGUGGCCAGGGCGGCUACGGCGGCCAGCAGGCCUACGGCGGCCAGGGCGGCUACGGCGGCGGCUACGGCGGCCAGCAGGGCGGAUACGGCGGUGGGUACGGCGGCCAGCAGGCCCAGCCGGGCUACCCCCCGGUCGGCCAGGCUGACUCGUACGGCUCGGCGCCGGCUGCUGGCGACGCGGCCACUUACGGCUCGGGCGCGCCGUACGGCGGUCAGGGCUACCAGCAGCAGGGCGGCCAGGGCGGCUACGGCGGCGGAUCCUCGGCGUCGUCCUCGUUCCUGUGA